AUGUCCAAAUUUAAAUGGAGGGAUCUGCUUCAGUUAAACAGUAAAGAUGAUUCUUUUAAAUCACCACUGUCAGUUUUAUGUCACAUAGAUGUUAAUUCAUUCUACGCACAAGUAGAACAAGUAAGAUGUGGAUAUAGUAAGGAUGAUCCAGUAGUAUGUGUACAGUGGCAAUCUCUAAUAGCUGUUUCUUAUGCGGCUAAACAAUAUGGUAUUACUAGGAUGGAUACUAUCCAGAAUGCUCUAGAGAAAUGUGAUAAAUUGAUACCAAUACAUACCGCAGUUUUCAAGAAAGGUGAAGAUUUUUGGCAGUACCACGACGGCUGUGGAUCGUGGAAUUCUGAUCCAAAUAAAAAAUUACCUGUUGAACAGUAUAAAGUUUCAUUAGAUCCGUAUCGGAGGGAAAGUCGUAAGAUCUUUAAAAUAUUUACGGAGUACUUCGAUUUAGCUGAAAAGGCAAGUGUUGACGAGGUGUUUUUAGAUCUGGGUCGAUUAUGUCUGAAGAAAUUGAUGUUUGACGAUGAAUUACAAUGGCCAAGUAUAAAAUAUCUUCGUGAAAAAUUUGCCCAAGGGCAGUACAACUUGGAUGAUAAUUUACCACCGUUGCCAUCAGAAUUACAAAAAAUUGAAUUUAUUGGUGAUACGUUUAACCCUAACGAUAAACCGAUAAGUGAUUGGGAUGAUGUAUUGUUUGCACUUGGAUCUCAAAUCACUCAACAUGUACGUGAUGAAAUUGAGAAUAAUUUAGGGUAUACUACAUCAUGCGGUAUUGCAAGGACUAAAAAUGUUUGCAAAUUGGCAUCCGAUUUCAAAAAGCCUAACGCGCAAACUAUCAUAAGAAAUCAAUGUAUUGAAGAUUUUUUGGACUGCGGUGCUUUUGAAAUUACAAGUUUUUGGACCUUAGGCGGUAAUCUAGGCCACGAAUUGACACCAAUUCUUAGCUUACCUCCCAAAGGUAGUAUCAAAUAUAUCAGAGAACAAUGGCCAGAUUUGAAAAGUUUAAGGGAUUUUUUAGAAUCCCAACCUUUAGCCGGUGAUAUUGGUAAGAAAGAUGUAUUGGCAGAAAAAUUAUUUGGAUCCGUGCGUGGUAGUUAUUUAAUUCCACUGACAUCACAAACUAUGGUUAAAUCAAUGACUUCGAAUAAAAAUAUGAGGAACAAUGCAUGUUCUAAUUUAAAUGACUGUAUUUCAUGGCUGGAAGUGUUUGCAGGUGAAUUAUCGGGGCGUAUCUCAGAACUGGAACAAGAAUACAACAAAAGAGUUAUUCCCAAGACCAUAAGUGUCACUUCAAGAACUCGCCACAGAGACACUCAUAGUAAAUCUGGACCUUUUGUAUCCAGAAGCAAUAAGAUAACUAGUCAUGAGAUUCAAAGACAUGGUGUCAGACUAAUGACUGAAUUGGAUUCCAAAUACGCAAACUCUGGGAAAUACUACCCUCUGCAAAAUAUCAACAUGUCUUUUUCGAAUUUCGAUGUGGUAGCUCAUCAUAAAACCGUACUAGAUAUGGUAGGCGGUAGAACUCAAAGUCCGAAGGAGCUUUCUCCAAAAAAAGAUUCGAGUGCAGAUCCACUGGAAUGUCCCACAAGUCAUGAAAAUUUUGAAAAUGAGAAAUUGUAUCAAGAGCAUUUGGAUUUCGAAUUUGCCAAGAAACUUUCACAGAGGUUAAAUCAUGAACCUGAACCUGAUAGUAAAUCUACUGGUGAAAAAAGGCUAUUGGAAAGACCUAAUUCAAGCUCACCAAGGAAGCAUCACAAGAAAAGCAAAUCAUCCGGUUCUCGAAAUAUCUUGACUUAUUUUAAUAAGUAA